UCGUUCAAUGCAUCAGUUGCUGCGAACGCGUCGUAUAGUGGUCAGUAUGCAGGAACGAGGUAUCUCAAACAAUAAGGCUAAGGAGAAAGCAGCCAAGGAAGAAGCUGAGAAGAAGAAGCGCGAACAAGAAGAUGAGGAACGACGAGAACGAGAACGACGGGAUAGGGAGUCCUUUCAUGGCACUAUUACCAAGGAACUGUCCACUAAACUGAACGUCGUAGUCGGUGCAAUUGAGAAGAAAGGUGAUGAGAGCGAAGUGGCUCGCCUGAAAGCGGAGAUCGAACGAUUGAAGUGUGCGCAGUCAGUUGCCGGUCCUUCUUCCUAUGUUACGAAGCCGCUUACCGAAGGUGAGCUAUUCGAGAAGUUUCGUCGUGAACAGGCGGAAUUGAAAAUGGAGUCGGAUCAGCGUUUUACGAUCCUCGAAGAAGAGAUUGCCAAGGUCAAUCAGAUGCGAGAUGAAGUUGUGGCCGACGCCGAAGCCUGGAAGAACGAGGCCCUCCGGCCAGGGAACAAGCGUGGGAACCUGGUUAUUGGAACCCCUGUCACAGCACAGACUCGGCCACGUAUGGCAUCCACACCGGCUACUGCUACCGCUAAGCGGGGGGUCGAUGAUAAUCUGAAAGGUGUGGUAGAACGGCAUAUUCACGAGGUCGAUUUACUCAAGGAAAUGAGGGUACGUGAGGUCAAUGAGCGAAGGGAGGUUCAACAAGAGUUGGAGAGAGUCAAAGACAAGUAGAGGAGAGAUGAAGAGGAAGUGGUCAGGCUGCGUGAAGAAAUGAUAAAGCUGUCAGUAAACA